GAGAGCGUGUGGUUAGUUAGUAGUUAUUGCAGGGCUCCUCUGUAAUUGCGCGUUGCGUUAUAUAGUAGAGAGUUGCUUGAGUGUGGUUCGAUUUAAUAAAGAGUUUGUUUUCUCGGUUAUAUCAACGUUAGUGUUGUUUGUUAUAUCCGUUCAGCCACUCCUACAGGUUACGAGCCCAUUGCACGUUUUUAUUAUAAACGUUUGAGUAGGUUUUACGCGAGUGAAAAAGUGGUUGAAGAUUGUGGCUUUGUUACAUCGAGGUGACGCCAUGUUUGACAACGAGAAUAUCGAGGAGACUCACAAUGGAGGUGGUCAAAACGUAAAUGAAGGGGAUUUUGAGGAGAAUGGAAAUCUAACACCACAUCCAAAUAGCAAUAGAGACGAGUUAGAGGACGAAAGAGCGGAGUCGGUGUCUGAGACUUCGUCUCGCAACAGGUCACCCACCCCAGAUGUGACCAUUGCUGAAAAACACGAAUUUCUCCGAGACAUGGCUGAGAAAUUGCAAAGUGCAGUUUACAGCAUGGAGAAUUUGAAAGGAAACUCCAAAGACAUCCUGUAUAGGAUGGAAAGCGUCGCUAAACAAUUCCAUAAAUCGAUGGGAAGACUGACUGAGAUCACUGGCACCAUCAAACAGGCCCUGGACCUGUCGACGAAAACAAAUCAUGAGUUGCUGAAGUUUUUGUUGCAGAACGGAGGUGGAACUCCGUCUGGAACAGGGUAAAUCAACAGUAAAUAUGACCACAUUGGACCUGAAGGGUCAGGUCGUCAGUCAUCAACGAGAUACAGCCGUUUUGAGGAGUCUAGUGGGGCACCUUCGAGUCAUUCUAGAGUAGAGAUCCCACGCACAUAUGAGAGAGAGGUAAAUAAAAAUAUUUCUUUCUCAUCGACUCCACUUGUCAUUCCGAAUCGCAAUCCAGAGUUCGAGUUUACGAGUAAUAGAGAGUUAAACAACAGUGUAACGGAGUUGGUUACCACCCUGCAGUCACAGCAAGGUGCUCCAAAGGUCUCUUACAAAAGAGAUUACAUUUUAAAGAGAGACACAAAUUUUGAUCUUUGGAUGGACCGUUUGCAUUCGGAAUUGUCAACUGCGGAUCUGCUAUUUAUUCUUGAUCUUGAGGCACCCAGGCCAAUUAAUCUAGAUGAAGCAAUUCUCAACAAUAAAAAGGGGAUUGUGAGAGAUAUAAUCAUCAACCACCUGGAUGAGACAUAUCACUCUAGAGUAUUGAAGAUUAGAGACCCAGUAGAGAUAAUCCAAACAUUGAGAGGUUUCAGACGAGAUGAGGCAAACCUGACUCCCUCUAAUGCAAGCAUUAAAUUUUAUAAGAUGAAGAUGACCCCUGGAGAACGUUUCAUCAGCUUCUGCGAGAGGUUUGAGAAGGAAUCGAGAGUUUUAGAGAAUUGCGCUAAUGCAACGCCCUUAAGCGCUGAAGAGAAAAGAGCGGUGUUCUAUAACGCUGUUCUUGAUUCCUUCCCGACAUUGAGCGAUGCAGAUUCCACUUGCCAAAAUGUGUCUAGGAGAGAAUUUACAAUUCUUUUUGUAUGCGCAAGGAGGCUGAGAAAAAGCAGACCCAGCAGACACAUAGAAGCAAGGAGUACGUACCCAAGGUCAAUAGAGUUGAAAGAAAAACGAGACGAAAUCAGAAAGCGAGGACGUGUGUUACCGGUGUAACGAGCUGGGACAUCGCUCGACUGCUUGCCCGAAGACGAAAGAGGGACUGUGGUACUGUUACGGCUGUCAUGACCUCACCCGGCACAUUGCAGCACAUUGUCCUAAAAUAGCAUCAUCGAGUGGAGCCAAGAAGCCUUCUUUUGCAAGAGGAAAACAACCAAUGAAGUUGAAAGAUAAGAAGCUACACAAAGUAGACAAAUCCGGAAAGGUCCACAAGAAAUCUGCUAAGAAUGGAAGCCAUAAGCACUACCUUCUGGCCAAAAACAACAAUAAAGGUGAGCGAGCUUUUCAUAUUAGUACUAGUAAUAAUGUCAAUUUUGUUGCUGACUCUGGAGCAACCGAGCACAUAGUCAACAAUAACCUUGUUUUGAGCGAUUUUCGUAGAGUAGCUGAGGGUGUCAUAAAGAGUGCUAACAAAAACACCUCAGCUGAUAUUAAAAUUGACGGAAAAGGCAACAUGUGUGUGUUUGCCGACAAUAAGAGAAUAAGAUUAACAAAUGUGUUAGUUGCUAGAGAUAUUUCUGAAAAUUUGAUUUCACUACGAAGAUUCGCUGAAGCAGGUUUUAAGAUUGUCCUUGAUGAUAGAGUCCUGAAAAUCAUAAAUAAGAGGGGCGAGACUAUUUUAGAUGGAAAAUAUGUCAAGCCUAAUUGGGAAAUUAAUUUGAGUGUAGAGACAAAGUCAGACAAUGCCGAGUCUCAAGUUUUUGAGGAUUACACUUGCUUUGCUAGAAUCGUGGGAGAGAAGAGAU